AUGAACAAAUUUCAAGGGAUAUUUCAGAAGAAAAAGGGGUCUCCAACGGCGUUGCCGAGAAUUGAUCCUAGCGCAGCGAAGCAAGUAACGCCUACUCAUUACACGCCGGCCACUGUGGCAGCUGUGGAGCCGCACGGUUGUUGUCGAGAUUCGGUCAACGUUUUUUCGAUGAGCCAGUCUACCAAGAAGUUGGAACAGCAGGUGGCAGAACUGGAAAAGAAAUUAGCAAAGGAGAAAGAGCUUCGGAUGAUGUACAUAAAGAAAUUGGAAAGAACACAAGAUUAUUUGAGGUAUUGUCUACAAGUAGCCCAAGAAAAUGGGUUUUUGGACCUUGUACUCCAUAACAAAGAUCAUGCCGACACUGUUAACAAUGCCACUGGUAAUACCAGUCCUCAAUUGCCAACUACUCCUCUGCACCAGCACCACCCACCUUCUGAUCUAGAUGCUCUCAUCGAUCAAGCCAAGCUAAAUGGAUGGUUCAUAAAUACAGAUGAGAUUGAAUUUGAAGAGAAGAUAGGGCAGGGGAGCACAGCACAGAUAUACAAAGCAACAUGGCAUGGACUUGAUGUCGCGGUGAAAUGCAUAGAACCUGAAUUCUUUGAAUCAAACGAGAAUGGUGUCUCAUUUUUCGCUCAAGAGCUCGAUACGUUAUGUAGGCAGCGUCAUCGGUACGUGCUUCAUCUAAUGGGGGCGUGCCUUGAUCCUCCUAACUAUGCUUGGGUGGUGACCGAGUUCUUGAGCUCGACAUUGAAAGAGUGGCUGCACGGCCCUGGAAAUAGGCAAAAAGAGAGGAUGAUUGAGCUUCCUCCAUUGGAAGAGAGGGUGGCCAGGGCAUUGGAGAUCGCUCAGGCCAUGCAGUAUCUCCACGAACAAAAGCCUAAGGUUCUUCAUCGCGACCUAAAGCCUAGCAACAUCUUUUUGGAUGACGCUGGUCACGUAAGAGUUGCAGAUUUUGGUCACGCUCGGUUCUUGAGUGAUGAGGAGAUGGCACUAACAGGGGAAACAGGUAAGGGAGAUGGAACAUAUGUGUACAUGGCGCCAGAGGUGAUCCAAUGCGAGCCUUACAAUGAGAAAUGUGAUGUAUACAGCUUCGGGAUUAUACUCAAUGAGAUUAUAACUGGAAAUUAUCCAUAUAUUGAGACAGAUUAUGGUCCUACUAUGAUUGCCAUGGAAGUUGUGGAGGGUAAACUGAGGCCAAGACUUCCCGAUGACAACGAUGGCCAACUUGGGGAGCUAAUUGAGCUGAUUUGCCUUUCAUGGGACGGAGAUGCUUCUAUUAGACCAUCCUUUGCCACCAUCACUUGCAAUCUGAAGAAGCUCCAGAACAGAAUACUAUAG